AUGGACCCCGAGUCCCCCUACAACCUGCUGCAGGCGCCCAGACCAACGGAGGAGCAGCUCCCACAAGGGGAGAGGAAGAAGCUCCUGCCCCCCGCGUCCAGGGAGGACCCCAAGUUCGCCGCGCUGCAGCAGAUGCUGCUGGAGUGGAUCAACGCCGAGCUGCUCCCCGAGCACAUCGUGGUCCGCAGCCUGGAGGAGGACAUGUUCGACGGGCUCGUCCUGCACCACCUUUUCCAGCGGCUGGCGGGCACGCGGCUGGAGGUGGAGGAGAUCGCCCUGACCGCCGUGAACCAGAGGCGCAAGCUCGCGGCGGUCCUGGAGGCCACCGACCGCUGCCUGCAGGAGGAGAGGCCCCGGUGGAGCGUGGACGCCAUCUUUAACAAGGACCUGCUGGCCACCCUGCACCUCCUGCUGGCGCUGGCCAAGCGCUUCCAGCCCAGCCUGCCCCUCCCGCCCAACGUGCAGGUGGAGGUGAUCACCAUGGAGAGCACCAAGAGUGGCCUGAAGUCGGAGAAGUCAGUGGAGCAGCUCACCGCGAGCAGCACAGACAAGGACCAAGCUGCCAAGGAUGUCUUCGAUGAGCUGUUCCGGCUGGCUCCCGAGAAGGUGGGCGCCGUGAAGGAGGCCAUCGUGACCUUCGUCAACCAGAAGGUGGAACGGCUGGGCCUGUCCGUGCAGGACCUGGACACCCAGUUUGCAGAUGGCGUCAUCUUACUCCUGCUGAUUGGACAGCUGGAAGGCUUCUUCCUGCACCUGAAGGAAUUCCACCUCACGCCCACCUCCCCUGCGGAGAUGCUGCACAACGUCACCCUGGCCCUGGAGCUGCUGAAGGAGGAAGGGCUGCUCGGCUGCCCCGUCCGCCCCGAAGACAUCGUGAACAAGGACAGCAGGAGCACGCUGCGGGUGCUCUACAGCCUCUUCUGCAAGCACAAGCUGAAGGACGGCACGGACCGGGGGCCCCGGGGCCCCCCGAGCUGA